CAGGAAAAGAAAGUUAAAUCACUCUUGAAAUACCGUCUGUUCCUGGAGUCAGUUGUGAAAAUAUCUGAUGAAUUCUCGGACGUUUAUGAGCUUAUUUCUAGGUAUGAUGCCCUAAAAGCUAACCUGGAGGAUUUGAAAGCAUCGGAUGCGAAGAACCAGAAAAUCAUAGACGAAAAGAAUAAAGAGUUAUUUUACUUCAAAAAAAUGAAACAAGAUGAAAAGCUUUCUAUGACUAACGAAAUAGCUGAUCUUCGUAAUCACUUGGAGCUCCAACAAGUACAAGGAAGAAACAAUGAAACUCAGUGGGAACAAACAAGAAAUUUAGCAGCGAAUCGUAUUUAUGAGCUUAGCACCAUUGUUAUAGCUAUUGCCAACAUGUAUGCGCUUGUACGCACGCAUCAAAAAUAUGGUGAAACAGCCAAACCCAAUGAGACUUGCAAGCAACUUAGAGCGGUAGGAAGUGUUUUUAGUUCCACGCCAUGUUACUAUUGUAACGCUGAUAUUUUAGAACAAUGUUUGGGUGAAUCUGAUCCUUGAAAACCAUUCAGCUUCAUAGUGCUGCCAAAAUAAGUAGGCAGU